UCAAAGUCCAUCGACAUUCUCACCACACAGCAAACUCGCGCCAGACACAAAUCUAUCUUUGCACUUGGAAGAUAGAUCAAGGUCGCAAUCAUGGCUGUCGGCAAGAACAAGAGACUUUCCAAAGGAAAGAAGGGUCUCAAGAAGAGAGCCCAGGAUCCCUUCACCCGAAAAGAUUGGUACUCGAUCAAGGCGCCAUCCACCUUCAACCAGAGAGAUGUUGGCAAGACUCUCGUAAACCGAACCACCGGUCUGAAAUCCGCCAACGAUGCCCUCAAGGGCCGAAUCUUCGAAGUCAGCUUGGCCGAUCUCCAGAAUGAUGAAGACCACGCUUUCCGCAAGGUCAAGCUCCGAGUCGAUGAGGUCCAGGGCAAGAACUGCUUGACCAACUUCCACGGUCUCGACUUCACCUCUGACAAGCUCCGAUCCCUCGUCCGCAAGUGGCAAACCCUGAUCGAGGCCAACGUCACCGUCAAGACCACCGACGACUACCUCCUCCGCCUGUUCGCCAUCGCCUUCACCAAGCGCCGACCAAACCAGAUCAAGAAGACCACAUACGCUGCUUCGUCACAGAUCCGGGCCAUCCGCAAGAAGAUGACCGAGAUCAUCCAGCGUGAGGCCACCAGCGUCACCCUCGCCCAGCUCACCGGCAAGCUCAUCCCCGAAGUCAUUGGCCGUGAGAUCGAGAAGAGCACGCAAGGAAUCUACCCUCUCCAGAACGUCCACAUCCGAAAGGUUAAGCUGCUCAAGGCACCCAAGUUCGAUCUUGGUGCCCUGUUGGGUCUGCACGGUGAGAGCACGCAGGAUGACUCUGGCCAAAAGGUCGAGCGAGAGUUCAAGGAGCCGGCACCUUUGGAGAGCGUGUAAAUUCGACACUAUUUGGAAGCAUGAUUAGGUGAUGAUUACGGUUUUCUUCUUCUCUGAGGCACCAAGGUUGAAGACAAUCGGAAAAAAAGCAGACGAGGAGAGUCCGUUGCUCCUGGUUGCACUGUGCUAUAGUGGCAGGACAUGGAUGAGAAAAGAGAAGAAAAGGUUAUGCAAGUCAAAGGCGUCAUGGGUAGACGAUGAGGGUGAUUUUUUGUGUUGUCUCGAUGGACUUCAAAUGGUUGUCCUUGCGAUGCCCCUGAUGUCGCAAACAGUAAGGACUGCAUAACGGAUGUUUUCAUGCUACCGCUCGUAGAGAUAGGACAGCAUAGCAUCUACCAACAAAGACACAAUUCACACAAGUUUAAAAUGAC